AUGCCGGCCAUAGUAUAUGAGACUAUGAAUUACUUCUUUGAUUUUUCUUUGUUGGCAUUCUUCAUCCUCACCACUAUUCUUGUUUCAGCUCAAGAGGAUAACAAGUAUGAAGAUGUUGUUAAGACAGUAAGAAAGAUCAACAAGCAUGUUUUGCUGACUAUAAAGAGCCCAUAUGGAGAUCUCAUUGAUAAACCAAAUCAACCAACUUUCAAUCACUCUCUCUUAAGAGACCACAUGAUGAUUCAAGAAGUGCCUACACAAAUGCUUAGAAGGAAGAAAUAUGCAAAGAAAAGUAGGAUAAACAAAGCAUCUCAAAUUUGCCAACGAAAUAUUCCUAUACGACGACUCACAGUUGCUGAUGUUAUGAGAGUCAAUUCUACGCCUGAAUUCAAAAAGAAACAAAAAUAUUUCAAACACCAGCUUCCUACUUCUUUUGAUAACCAUGAGCAUGCGAGUGUAAGGUAUGCGGCAACAAAAGUCAUAUAUGGGGUGGGAGCAACGAUAAACAAGCAACAGCCAACGAUCCAUGAGGAGAACCAGUGCAGCGAAGCUCAUGUUCGAAUCCAAACAGGCUCAGAACAAAAUUUUGAGAGCAUUACAGUUGGAUGGCAUGUAUCCCCGGAGCUUCAUGAUGGUGAUGAUACCACCAGACUGUUCCUUUUGUGGACUAACGAUGGGUAUGAGACGAAAAAAUGCUACAAUUUUGAGUGUGAUGAAUUCCAGCGGAUAGCAGAUGAGAAUGAAGAGAUCGUACUCGGAGAGGUGCUUGAACUAUCAUAUCCUCAAUCAUAUAUUAUUGUAAAAAUUUGGAAGGAUCAAGAACAAGAAAGUUGGUGGUUGUCGGUUGGUCAUAAGAUAAUGGGCAAAUGGAAUAAAGAUGUGUUUCCUCGGUUGGGAGGUCCAUCCACUACUGUCGAGUGGGGUGGUGAGGUAUGCGAUGAUCGGACAGAGAUGGGGACUGGUCGUUUUGGACACAUGGGACGUAACAAGGCUUGUUAUAUUCACCUCCUAAAGAUCAUGACUGAGGAUACCUCCAACGAGUUGGUUCAAGUUCCAUUCGGAGAACUUACAAAAUGGGAGACAAAGCCAGAUUUGUACGACGUCUCCAUUGACCACCAUGACCACUAUAUAUACUUUGGUGGCCCAGGCUUAAACACAAAUAACCCAUGAUGGAUGCGUGUAUGCAUGCUAGCUUCAUGUGGAUCGAUCGGGUUUU